AUGACUUCCUACUCCGCCAUCGGCCCCGAGCCAACAACAGAGGCAGAUCCGAUGACUUCGAGUACCGGGUCGCUGAGAGGCAGACGGAGAGGAAGAGGAAAGCAAGACGUUGGAUUCAAAGGACAGGCGACAUGGAUAUCAAGUGUCAUCAACCUAGCCAACACCAUUCUUGGUGCCGGUCUCCUCGCCAUGCCUUCCGCGCUCUCGAAAAUGGGCAUCUUCCUCGGCAUAUUCGUUAUCGCGUGGGCUGGCACAACAGCAGGCUUCGGCCUCUACCUGCAGACGCGAUGCGCGCGAUACAUUGAUCGCGGACACGUAUCCUUUGCAACACUGUCCCAGAUGACAUAUCCGAACCUGUCCAUCAUCUUCGAUGCCGCUAUCGCUAUCAAGUGCUUCGGCGUGGCAGUCAGCUAUCUUAUCAUCAUCGGCGAUCUGAUGCCGGGAGUUGUUCGCGGAUUCGCACCGGGUGCUGGGGAUAUCACGUUCCUGGUUGACAGGCAGUUCUGGAUCACAGCCUUCAUGCUCAUCGUCAUCCCGCUAUCCUUCCUCCGCCGUCUCGACUCACUCAAAUACACCAGUGUAAUCGCCCUCUUCUCAAUCGCCUACCUCGUCAUACUAGUCGUAGCCCACUUCCUCAAAGGCGACACAAUAGCAGACCGAGGAACUGUCCGUGUCUUCGAAUGGGCCGGCCCCGUCUCCGCCCUCGCAGCCUUCCCCGUCAUUGUCUUCGCCUACACAUGCCAUCAAAAUAUGUUCUCCAUCCUCAACGAGAUCUCCGACAACUCUCACUUCCAGACCACGACCGUCAUAUUUGCCUCCAUUGGCGGCGCGUGCGCUUUGUACAUUCUCACUGGUAUCACAGGCUACCUAUCCUACGGCGACAACAUCCACGGCAACAUUGUAUCCAUGUACCCCACCGCAGCAGCCAGUACCAUCGGCCGUCUCGCUAUCGUUAUCCUCGUUAUGUUCUCGUACCCGCUUCAAAUCCACCCCUGCCGCGCCAGUAUCGACGCAUGUCUAAAGUGGCGUCCAGGCGGCCUCCGCAACAAACAAGCAGAAGCCGGCAGUCCCUCCCGCAACACCCUCAUCAACAACACACCCAAGCCCGGUAUCCCCAAGAGUACAGAAAUGAGCGACCUAAGAUUCGCAGUCAUUUCCACCGUUCUGAUAAUCCUGUCUUUCAUCACUGCCAUGACGGUUUCCAGUCUAGAGAAGGUGUUGGCCUAUGUUGGUAGCACGGGGUCCACAACCAUUUCUUUUAUACUUCCGGGGCUUUUCUACUAUAAGAUUUCCGACCCCGAAUCUUCACAUCACCAACGGCUUGUUAAGGACGAGGACGAUGAAGAUGAGGGAGCGGAAGGUUAUAUUACCAGUGAGGGACACUCGAACCGGGACCUUAGAAGGGGUUUGCUGCGUAACUUGGCGCUUGCUUUGAGCAUUUACGGUGUUGUUGUUAUGGUGACUCUCUCCGCUAAAAGCGCAGCCGCGCUCGACCAAGAACUCAUGUCCUCGGGCGCAUUCUCUAUCGAUCAGUUGAUGGAACUUGCUGGACUAUCAGUAUCACAAGCGGUCUUCAAACUUCAACCUCUCAGCAAAGGCAAGCGCAUCCUCGUAGCAUGCGGUCCUGGAAACAACGGCGGUGAUGGGCUAGUCGCAGCCCGUCAUCUCUUCCACUAUGGCUACCAACCUACAAUCUACUACCCAAAGCAGAGCAAAAAUGAGUUGUACCAGCGCCUCAAGAAACAACUCGAAGACCUCAAGGUACCCUUUACAGAAGACUUCACCGGCGCACUAAAACAAACCGACCACAUCGUCGACGCAAUCUUCGGCUUCAGUUUUUCGGGCGAAGUGCGCGAGCCUUUCCCCAAGGUCAUCGAGGCUUUGGCAUCUACUUCCAUUCCCGUUCUCGCCGUCGAUGCACCGUCAUCUUGGGAUAUCGAGGAAGGCCCGCAAGAUUCUGGGCCUGGCAAGGGCUUCAUGCCACCGGCUCUCAUUAGUUUGACUGCGCCUAAGCCGCUGGUUAAGAAGUUUACUGGGAGGCAUUUCCUUGGUGGGAGGUUCUUGAGCCCGGAGAUGGCGGAUAAGUAUAAUCUUGAUAUCCCAAAGUAUGAGGGUUUGGAUCAGGUUGUUGAGGUGUCAGUUGAGGGCAAGCUUUGA